AUGGAUUUUUAUAAUGAUCGAAAAAAAAAUAUCAGACCUACCCACAGAAUAAAAACAAUAUUAAAAGAAAAAUUUGUAGAAAUAUAUGAAAAUUUCUUUAAGGGAAAUGAUCCAUCAGAAGGAAAUCCCAAUUUCUGGAGUGAAUUAUUCUUACUCAAAACAUUAUAUGUUCUCCUUCAAGGAAUUUUUACCAAGAAAUUUAAUAAUUUUAAUUUUGAAGUUAUAAAUUUGUUAACUGGAUUAGAUAAUGCAGAUGUUAUUUUUCCGCAAUUAGUUGAUGGAAUUUGUUCUCUUCUUAAAGAUGAGGAACCAGUUUCACCUGAAACGACACAUAUUGCAUAUGAAGCUAUAGUGUUAUUGGCUAUUUUGGCGAAUUAUAAUAAACAUGAAAAUAUUCAAGAUGAUUAUGAUACAUAUAAAAAUUCAAUUCAUUCAGCUUUAUCAUAUGUUGGAACAUUUUUAACUUGGCACAGCAAUAAACCAACAACUGAUUCUGAUUCAGAAUUAUCGUUUGAUCGAUUACCAUCAGCGAAUAUAGCAAUACUUUUGGCAUUGUAUGACAUUUCAAAUAAUAAUAAAAAGUUUAUCGCAUAUAUUUCUAAAACAAUAAUAGAAUGUAAUGUAUCCGAUACAGAUUUGGAUUAUAAAAGUAGAACUUCUAUUCCUGAUGCUGAUGAUUUUCUUUCAUUUUCAUCUUACCUUUUACAACAUAAUCGUUCUUCCCGAGCAGCAAGUUAUUCAAAAAUGACCUUAUUAAUAAUAACAAUAUUAUCAGAAGAUUCAACAUUUAUUGAAUAUAUAUGUGAUGAACGAAGAAAAUAUAAUAUUAGACUUUGCAGACAGCGUCUUCCAAUACUUCCGUAUAGUAAAUCAUGUCAUCCAUUAGUUUGUACAAUCUUAGAUAUUUUUCAUAAACAAAGUUCCAGCAAGGAUAAUACUAAUCAACAAAGUCCAAAGAAAUCUAAUUCAUCACAACCUGAUAUUCUUGCUAAUAUUAUGACAAUUUGUCAACAUUUUCAUUUGAAAAUUGAAGCAUGGAAAUUAAAGAAUCACGUUAAAUCAUUACUUCCUGAACAGAAUUUUGACACAUUGGAAUUGGUUCCUCCUGAAAAACUUGAUUUUUAUAUUUCAUAUAGUGAAAUUCCAUAUUACGUUCCAUUUUUUAAACAAGUUUUAAGAUUAAUUGUAGAUGAUUUUAAAAGAAGACAAGUUUUUUUAGAUUAA